AUUAUUCGGAGAUGAAUUAAAUAUCAAAAGGACAAUGUAUUAAAAAUUUGAAUAUAUCUCAUGAUUAAUUAAAUAUCGUACUUAAUUUAGUGUCUUAAAAAUCUUUAGUUUUCUAAAAUAAUAACUUGCCAGGCUUAGACUUUCUUAACAACACGAAAUCUUUUGAUGAACAAAAUUUUGUAUUCUAAAUUUGAGAAUAUUAUUUACUAUUAGCAAAUUGGGUUGACAUAGUGCUUUCGUGACAAGUACCAAUCCAUAAACCACGAAAAAUACUCGUGUAUUUCAUAUGCGUGGCGUUUUGGCACCCCACGAGGGGCCGCGCACGCACUGCCGCCUUGCCACCUCAUACCAGCCAUAGUUUAUUGCCGCGAAGUGGUUUGUUAUAACUGUUACUAUAUACCAAGGUUAAAUUUAUGGCUGAUUUCGUUCUACUAAUUAUACGAUUAGUUGACAAAUUAAUGAUAUAAUUAACUUUGUAAACAAUGUCUAUAUUACGGCUAAAGUUUUGCGGUCCCUAGGUGACGUUAUUUUAUAAGGGUUGGGUUUUAAUAAUAUCUACUAAUCUAAUUGUAGUUUGAUCAUCUUUUUUACUAUGAAAAGCGUAGAAUGAAUUAAAGUAACUUACCGUUUUAGAAGAUGAAUUAACAUUAAAAUUUGUCAAAAAUAUACUUUAUUGUUGCAUGAAAUAAUAGUUAAAAAAAUGCAAAAUACAUAUGUCUUGCCUCGUUGGAAUAGCCGAACUAUUUUGUAAUACAUAUAAAUGUACUAAUGUAGUAAUAAAUGAUAACAUUGUUAAAUGAAAUACUUAUACUGAACGCUAUCUAUAAAUUUUGUUACUGUGAUACUCUCUUCCUAUGAUGUCGCAAUACGCAAUAUCGUUUGAACAAUUACCUGAAUAUUUUGUUGAUAAUAAUGUUUGUUUAUAUUGUUUCGCAAUUAAUAAAAUACUUAUCAACUGUACGUGUGUUUUUGGAUAUUAUCAUAUAUUGCUUAUUGCAAGAAUUUUUCUUAAAAUAAUGUAGUGUAAAAUGAAAUUUAUCCUACUGUUUUCUGAAAAGGAAUUUUUAAUUUAAACUUAUCUGACUUUGUGUAAAAUCUACUGACGAGUUUGACCUAGUUACUAGUUACUACAAAAGUAAAGGUUUGGCUUAAAAUAACAUGCCAUCGAAUCUGCAGGUAUAAUGAUUACAAUCUGCAAAAUUAUUAGGUCACGAUAUGCAAGGCCAGUUACACCAUUUGGGUUAUUUGUCAAGGACGAUACGGCGAUGUAGUUUCCGUGACCGCGCAUCGUGUGAAAUUCGAUUCUCGGAAAAAGAAACUCAAUAAAAGUAACUCGUAAGCUCACAAUUCCGCUUAUCGCAAAUUAGUAACGUAUAUAACGAUUUAUACUUGAGAUUUGUUCUACCUUGAUUCCUUUAAUUUUUUAUUUGUGCUGUCAGAACUAAACUAACAACAAUUCUCACUUUGAACAAGAACAUAUUUAAAUUUUCUGCCAACUCAGCAAGCAAUAAUUCAAGGUUGAACACCAAUAAAAAAGUUUAACGAUCGCAAUUCGCAAGUUGUCCAGCAAGGGUUUAGACGCUUAGUUGGAGUCACCUCGAGUAGCUGGCACCGAUGUCUCGGCACAUCGAUUUUGUACACAAUAGUAUGCAGUGUCCCAGUCUUCACAAUGAUUCCCACUAGCUAGUACAAGUCAGACAUUUCUCUUUUAUUUUUCUUUUGCCGUAAAAUAUUUUUUGCUACCAUGAUUUCAACUAAAGUGUCCAGUAAGAAGUGGAUCAGUGAGGAAACUGCUGACGAAGAAGAGCUUUUCUCUCACUGCCGGGAGAUGGAAAUGGUUUGUUUUGCAGUUACUAAAGUCAUAUUAGAUUCUGACAACAAAUGGAUGGGAGGGCAAGGGAAGCAUACCAAUACACAUUCGUUGUCCAAUCGGAAUUAUAUCAUGGAACUAGUGAAUAUACAGGUAUUAGAUCAAAUAAUAGAAUAUUUAACGAAAUUAGUGAAAUCGUUUUACAAAUUGAAACCGAAGUUGGCUCGCUUGAAGAAGGACAGCGGAUUAAUUCAAAGUAAACACGAUCAUAUUUUUGAUAAACUGUGUAGCAUACGAUUUGUGAUGUUGCAAGCUAUACACGGGCUUAUUACAACGAUAUUAAACACAUGUCUGCAUAGAGAAGACUCAAGGAAGAUGAUUGAGUCAUGUUUAAGUUUAGUGGGAAUCUACAACAAUCUAAUCGGCCUUAGUUACAAGAAGUUUGCAUCUAAAUUCAAUAUUGGCAGUAACACGUACCCCAUUAUCAUAAGUGAAACAAAAAAUAUUACUUUAACCAAAAUUGUUCAGAUUCUUUCCAAAAGUCGGGCCGAAAUCAACUGUCAACGUCUCAUUAAUUGUUUAGUCAAAGUGUAUCAACCUGAUGAGAAGUCUGACAAUGAUUCUAGUUCCAGUACAGCAGAAAGCUUGGAGAUUUAUCACACUCUAACGAAACACAUAACACCACCAACAUCAACAAUGUCUCGGAAUAUGACAGUUGAAAAACGUCGGGACGCCUUCACGGUGAAUAAAAAGCUGAAAAUGAAACAAGCGCAAAGUUUGAUCGAACUGAAAAAUGAACAAAACAAGAAGUUUAAUGAAUUGAUCACAGCGCAGAACUCUGACGCCGAAGUUCCAUACCUGUCGCUCUUGACCAACGAGUAUACUUUAGAGCAUAUUUUCAACAACGAAGAAAACAUUAACGGUAUUCUACAAAGUGAAGAAAUGUACAUAGAAAUUCUUCUAGACACGGUAGCCAACAUGUCACCCAAUUUGCUGGGAUCAAAUGGCGUCAAAAAGUUAAAAAAUGGUCGGGUGCAGGCCAGUAAAAAGGCAGCUCAUAAGGUGACUGAAUAUUAUCAAAAUAUACUGUGGGGUGAUGUUGGUAGCUGCUUAGAGCAUAUCGUUCUGUGGUGGUCGCAUUAUCCCCUGGCUAUGAGGUCUCCAAACACCAGCCAAAAUCUACGAGAGUGGUUAUUCGUUACUUUUAAUGUGAAUAAUACCCCAGAAUUAAUAUUAUCAGCUUUAAGAAUAUUAGCAGAUGCUUUAGGUUGUCACGUAACUACUACAUCUUGGGACAAACAUUUCGGUGCUACUUUGACAACGAAUUUAAAAUUAACGACUUUAAAAGUCAAUCCGGAGAUAUCCUUGUAUAUUACCGAGAGUACGGAAUCCGGAGCGAGUUUCGCGUUGACUCUUCAAGGCUUGGUGACUCUUAACAACCAAUGUGAAGUUACAUGGGACUAUAUACUAGGCGCCCCUUUGGAUGACUUGCCUAUUGUUGAGCAGAUCCCAAUACUUCAUAGGCUUGAUCACUCCAUCCAUACAUACAGGUUGUGGUGUUUAGCGGAAACGCGACGUCUUGCGAACUUAUGGGAGAUGAACGACUUUUUCCGCGUGGCGCACAACGACAUGCAAGCUUGUAUGGAACAACUCAUUAACUUGAGAUUUGCUGAUCAUACGAUUACUAUUGAAUCAGGGAAUAUCGGAGUACACGAAAACGUUUGCGCUAAAAUGAGGGAGAAACUGGUGUCAGAAGUCAAAGUUAACAUACAAAAACUGAAGGAUGCAACAGAGGAGAUAACACAAGUGUUAUCAUCGGUGUGUGCCACGACCAGCCUAGCGCAUCUUACUAUGAUAUUCCCGAGUAAUAUUGAAUGGCGACAAGUGACGAGACCGCCGCAAACUGUACACUCGAUUUAUGUACACGAAUUUUUGAAUACAAUGCUGCUGCCGGUAAUAAAAGCAACGCAAGAUAUAGCCACUUUAAACAUGAUCCUUAAAAUCAUGUGCGAAUCAUGGCUACAUCACAUAUAUAUCGCUAAAGUAAAAUUCACCAAAGAUGCAGCAAUGCAACUUCUGGCAGAUUUCAACGAAGUAAGAAUAUGGUUGACUGAAUGCAAAUCACUGACGACUGCGGCGAGAAAACAAAUGUUACAGAAUGAAGUUUUGAGGAGGUGUGAAGGCGUAGGUAGACUGCUCCUACAUGCCCCGGGAGACCUUAUAUCUAUGCAGGACUCUACAAUGCAGUCGGCGCAACAAGUUCGCAAGGAUGUUACAGAGAACGACACACCAGAGCAACUGAUGCCCGCAGAGAUGUACGUCCCCAAUCAAAAGCAAUGGCUUACGUUACGAGCUAAGAAAAUGAACGGACCAGUCGCUUUUACACUGUGCUGCAUCGUACUAGCCUAAUAUACGAGAGAAAUUAAAUUAUAUACAAUAUUCAA